AUGGGCAUGGGCAGCUGCGGGAGGCCGUGGUGGCCGUUACUGCUGCUGUUGUUGCUACUUCUUCAGAGCCCCAAGGGCUCCCGCGUACAGGAAGAUGAGGAUGCAGACUACGAGGAGUUUGUGCUUGCCUUCUCAUCCGAGGAGGACAACUCGGCAGACGUGGCUCAGGAAGUAGCUACUGCCACCUUCCACCACUGCGCCAAGGAUGCUUGGAGACUGCCGGGCACCUACGUGGUGGUGCUGAAGGAGGAGACCCACAGCUCGCAGACGUUGCACACUGCCCGCCGCCUGCAGUCCCGCGCUGCCCGCCGGGGCUACCUCAUCAAGAUCCUGCACAUCUUCCAUGAUCUCUUUCCCGGCUUCCUGGUGAAGAUGAGUGGUGACCUGCUGGACCUGGCCCUGAGGCUGCCCCACGUGGAAUACAUCGAGGAAGACUCCUCUGUAUUUGCCCAGAGCAUCCCGUGGAACCUGGAUCGGAUUAUCCCUGCUUGGUACAAGGCAGAUGACUUCCAACCACCCAAUGGUGGUGGCCUGGUGGAGGUGUAUCUCUUAGACUCCAGCAUCCAGAGUGACCACCGGGAAUUUGAAGGGAGGGUUACAGUCACUGAUUUUGAGAAUGUGCCAGAAGAGGAUGGGACUCGCUUCCACAGACAGGCAAACAAGUGUGACAGCCAUGGUACUCAUCUGGCAGGGGUGGUCAGUGGCCGGGAUGCCGGCGUGGCCAAGGGUGCCAGUCUGCGCAGCCUGCGAGUGCUCAACUGCCAAGGGAAGGGCGCGGUCAGCAGCACCCUCAUAGGCCUGGAGUUCAUUCGGAAAAACCAGCUGGCCCAGCCCACAGGACCACUGGUGGUGCUGUUGCCCCUGGCGGGCGGCCACAGCCGGGUGCUCAACGCUGCCUGCCAGCAGCUGGCAAGGGCCGGGAUGGUACUGGUAGCUGCUGCUGGCAAUUUCCGAGAUGACGCCUGCCUCUACUCGCCGGCCUCGGCCCCCGAGGUCAUCACUGUUGGAGCCACGAAUGCUCAGGACCAGCCAGUGAUGCUGGGAGCCCUGGGGACCAACUUUGGCCGCUGUGUGGAUGUCUUUGCUCCAGGGGAUGACAUCAUCGGUGCCUCCAGUGACUGCAGCACUUGUUUUGCAUCCCAGAGUGGGACAUCACAGGCUGCGGCACAUGUGGCUGGCAUUUUGGCCAUGAUGCUAACCGUUGAGCCGGAGCUCACCCUGGCUGAACUGAGACAGAGACUUAUCCACUUCUCUGCCAAAGGCGUCAUCAAUGAAGCCUGGUUCCCUGAGGGCCAGCGGGUACUGACCCCCAACCUGGUGGCCACAUUGCCCCCCAGUGCCCACAGAGCAGGUGGGCAGCUACUCUGCAGGACUGUGUGGUCGGUGCAUUCGGGGCCCACACGGAUGGCCACAGCUGUGGCCCACUGUGCCACCAAGGAGGAGCUGCUGAGCUGCUCGAGUUUCUCCAGAAGCGGGAAGAGGCGUGGCGAGAGCAUCCAGUCCCAUGGAGGCAGGCGAGUCUGCCUGGCCCACAAUGCCUUUGGAGGUGAGGGUGUCUACGCUGUUGCCAGGUGCUGCUUGCUACCUCAGGCCAGCUGCAGCGUCCACACAACACCACCAGCCAGGGCUGGAGUAGAGACCCACGCUCACUGCCGCCAGCAGAACCAAGCCCUCACAGGCUGUAGCUCCCACUGGGAGGCUGAGGACUUCGGCAACCACAGGCACCCUGUGCUGAGGCCACAUGGUCAAUCCGGCCAGUGUGUAGGCCACCAGGAGGCCAGCAUCCAUGCUUCCUGCUGUCAUGCACCGGGUCUGGAGUGCAAAAUCAAGGAACAUGGUGUCUCAGGUCCUGCAGAGAAGGUGACUGUGGCCUGUGAGGAGGGCUGGACCCUGACAGGCUGCAGUGCCCUCCCCGGGCCCGCCCGAGUCCUUGGGGCCUACACUGUGGACAACACGUGCGUGGUGAGAAGUCAGGACACUGGUGCAGGAGGCAGGACCAGCGAGGAGGCUCUAGCCGCUGUUGCUAUCUGCUGCCGGAGCCAGGCCUCCCUGGAACUCCAGUGA